AUGGUACUACUGAACAGCAACAGUAGUGGCAGUAGUAGUAAAGACAAAACUACUACUACUGCUACUACUACAGACAUGGUUCAAGACGACUCAUCAACCUUUUCAUCAUCAUACGAAGAUAUAAUCAUUGAUGAAAAGGUUAUUAUAUCAUGUGCACAACAAUACAAUCACCGAGAUGUUAUUGGCAAUGGUGGUGGUGGUGAAGAUGACUAUGACGAUAAACAACCAUUAGAUGAUAUAUACUAUAGUUUGGAAUACGAUGCAGAGGAUAAUGCACAAUUUCAUCAACAAGAACUACGACUAUUAGAAGAGGAACGCGUACAACAACUACUCAAACAAGAAGAGGAACGGAGGAAACAGAUUGUGGAAGAGGUGCGAGUACGUCAUCUCGCCAUCCAACACCAGAUCGACAGUCUCAAGAUUGCACAGCAAAAGAAACAAGUGUUGGAAGACCAGUUGGAUACGGUCAAACAACUGUACAACAAGAAACGAGAGGAACUAGAACACAUUGCACGAUUCAAAGAGUGGAAACGAGUACGGGCAGAAAAGAAAAAGGAAGAAGAGGAACGACUGGCCAACGAAGAGCGACUGCGCAAAGAAGAAGCCAAAAAGAAGAGAACGGCACGACAAAACCCAUCUGGCAACAGAGUGAUCCGGUCACUUUUAACAAACGUUAAACCAACCCAAAAGAAAUGGAUUGGAUGUAAAUAUGAAGGACAAGAGGAACUGUGCGAAUCUUUGGACGACGUCUUGACAAGUCUCAAAGACUACUCGGAACACUCUCAUCCAUUUUUAACCAAAGUAAAGGUAUCCGACGCACCUACCUACUCAGAGAUUAUCAAAAAGCCAAUGGACCUAUCUCUCAUGACCAAAAAACUAAAGAAACUAGACUACAUGAGUAAAGCUGAAUUUCAAUUUGACCUUCUCUUAAUCUUUACAAAUUGUAGAAUGUUUAAUACUGAUCCUUCGAGUAAAGAAUUUGUUGAACAUGCAAAUGAAAUGGAAAAAAAAUCGGUAGAGUUGAUGAAGAAUGUAAAGGAUUUUGAUUUUACCAAAGAUCCUACUUGUGGUAAUAGUAAUAGUAGUAAUAGUAAAUCAACUUCACCUACAAACUCUACAACUCCAACUAACAAUAGUAAUAAUAAUAAUAAUCAAAAUCAAAAUGUAAAUAGCAAUAAUGAAGAAAAAGUAUCACCAUCAAAAAAUACUCCAACUCAACAACAACAACAAAAUAAGAAAGGAUCAUCAAACAAAAAUACACCACCAACUAUGACACCACCAUUUACUCCUGGUACUCCAUCCUAUCCAACUUCUCCAACCUCUCCAUUUCACUCGUCAACGUCGGGUGCUCAUUCGCCAGUACCAUCGUCGUCGACGGGUGGUCAAUUUUCUCCACGUGAGAUUGCCGAUCCCGAUGAUACGAGUACGACCGUGGCGACGGUGAUCAAUAUGGACAUGUUUGAUGACGACUCUGAAGAGCCAAUUGAGGAAAUCAGCGAGACUGAAGACAGCAUAUUGGAACGUAUCGAGCAGAUUAGAAAACUCAUCAGAGAGUUGGUCGACAGCAAUGGAUAUGGAUCAGAGGAUUUUGAAGAGCAGAUCAGACUCAAACAAGACAGUUUGUCACCAGACAUUGAAAUGGAUCGCUCAGAAAUAAUCAUUCCAACAACCGAUAUUCCAACAUUGGAAUUUGAAGAGAUCAAAUCACAAAAGAUAUCUACAUGGUGUCGAUUGACACAACAAGCCAGAGUCAACAAAUUAAAAUACUCUACCGAACAAUCAAAAUUACCUUUUGAAAAUCAAGAUGCAUUUAUUCGAACACCUCAAAUGAUGCAAUCAUUUUAUCAAUCCCUAUCAUCCCCUUCACCAUUAUUAUCAUCAUUAAAUAAUCAACAACAAAUAAUAGAAAGACAGAAUAAUAAUAAUAAUAUUAAUAAUAAUAUAUCAGUAAUGACACAAUUACAAAAAUAUGAUCAAGAAUUUAUCAAUUUAAAUAUUGGAUUCUUUCCAGAGUAUAGUUAUAUGUCAAAUUCAAUUCCAAGGGUGUAUCCAAGUCAACCGAGGUCAUGGAAUAUAUCAUCUUUAUCAAAACAUCAACAAGCAGAGCCACAACAGAUGGUUUCAUCCUUGACAAAUACAUCGUCUUCACAGGCUCGAUCAAAUGGUUUAUUGUUCAACUCGAUCGUCUCAAUACUCCAAUCAAAAGGAUUCACAGGAUCAAAAGAAGAAGCUGUCAAUGUGUUUGUAGAUGUGGCCGUUGGAUUCAUAUCGACCAUUGGAAAGACAAUGAACGCCAAUUGUAGUAACUAUCCAUCGGUCGUUGGCAAGACUCGUAGAGGAACCUAUUCACAGCUAUGGUCGAUUUUUAGUGAAUUGGGUAUUUGCAGUAAUGUAUAUGCUCUCAAAGAAUUUACUCGUCUACCUGGUAGCUCUAGGUCUUCUGGUAGUGGUAAUGUCUCUAAAGAUUUUGAUCAUGAUGAAGAAAUGGAUACUUUAAAUAAUGAUUCAAAACAACAAUCUUUAUUUUAUUCUACUGAUGAUAUAAAUAUGACAAAUACUACAACAUCAACAAAUCAAUUGGCGGCAACUACUAGUACGACUACCACUACUCCAACGACGACAACUCCAAAGGAAAAGGAUUUAUUUUAUGAUUAUCAUUACUUUGUACCAAAACAAUCGAAAAUACAACAACAACAGCAACAACAACAACAACAGGAUGCGAAUUCAUCGUCUGGAUUGAAACCAGUGUCAAGUUUACAACAUCAACAAGCUCAACAAAUGCAACAAUUACAGUUGCAACAACAACAACUACUACAACAACAACAACAACAACAACAACCACAGAUUAAACCACCCGUCAACAUACAAUUCCAUCAAAACCAACAAAAAAUAUUUGAACAACAACAUCAGUUGCAACAACAACAACAGCAACAGCAACAACUACAACAACUUCAACAACUUCAACAACUACAACAACUACAAAAACAAACGACAGUACCACCACCACCAACCACUGCUACAACAACAACAACUCAACCUGUUGCAGAAAAACCAACAGCACCAACUAAAAAAGAAAAGGAAAAGGAAAAGGAAAAGGAACCAUCAACAAAAUCGAUAAAAGAGACAACAGUUAGAGAAAGUAAAAAGAAGAAAUCAUCAGAUACACAACACCAAAAACCAAGUAAACCAAAGAAAAAAGCCAAACCUUCUCCUGCCAAAGAUCCAUCACUUCCUAAUAUUGCCAAUUUAGCAAGUGAGGUGAAUCAGGCUCAAGCUGCCGCUGCCGCUGCUGCCACCACCGUACCAACGCCAACGCCAACACCAACUCCAACACCAACAACAACAACCAAGGAACCAUCACCAACAACUGACCAACAAGCUACAACACCAGCAACACCAGCAGCAACUUUAGCAUCUUUGGAAUCACCGCUAAGUCCAUCUGGAUCAAUACCACCGCAACCAUCAGAGGUAAAAGAAAAGAAAAAAAGAGGACGUCCACACAAGAAACCACCUCCUCAACAAGCUCCUUCUACCCCUCAACCUCCUAAUUAA